CCCGCAGGCUCCAUCCCCAAGAACGUGACCAGCAGCACCUCCAGGGAGCGGGAGGACCCGGGAGAACUGGGCCAGGAUGAGAUGCAGUGACUCCUCCUUUCCUGUCCCUUCCUCCUCCUCUGACUUGCUCUUCCAGAGUCCAGAGCCUUAUUUACAAGUGGCUGGAACAACACUGAAAAGAAGGUCUACAACAUUCCUGGCAUUUCCCCCGACAUGAUGAAGCUAAUAAUUGAAUAUGCAUACACCCGGACCGUCCCCAUCACACCGGACAAUGUGGAGAAGCUGCUCGCUGCUGCAGACCAAUUUAACAUCAUGGGCAUUGUCAGGGGCUGCUGCGAGUUCCUUAAGUCGGAGCUGUGUUUGGAUAACUGUAUUGGUAUCUGCAAGUUCACAGACUACUACUACUGCCCCGAGCUGAGGCAGAAGGCGUACAUGUUCAUACUGCACAACUUCGAAGAGAUGGUGAAAGUCUCCGCGGAGUUUUUAGAGCUCUCAGUCACCGAACUUAAGGAUAUCAUUGAGAAAGAUGAACUCAACGUCAAACAAGAAGAUGCUGUGUUUGAGGCCAUUUUAAAGUGGAUUUCUCAUGACCCCCAAAAUAGGAAGCAGCAUAUUUCAGUUUUGCUUCCCAAGGUUCGCCUGGCCCUAAUGCACGCUGAGUACUUCAUGAACAAUGUUAAGAUGAAUGAUUAUGUCAAAGACAGCGAGGAAUGCAAGCCAGUCAUCAUCAAUGCCCUGAAGGCCAUGUACGACCUCAACAUGAAUGGACCCUCUAAUUCUGACUUCACCAACCCACUCACCAGGCCCCGCCUGCCCUAUGCCAUCUUAUUUGCAAUUGGUGGCUGGAGUGGUGGGAGCCCCACCAAUGCCAUUGAAGCCUAUGAUGCUCGGGCAGACAGAUGGGUGAAUGUCACGUGUGAGGAAGAGAGUCCCCGUGCCUACCACGGGGCGGCCUAUUUGAAAGGUUAUGUUUAUAUCAUUGGGGGGUUCGAUAGUGUAGACUAUUUCAAUAGUGUUAAGCGUUUUGACCCAGUCAAGAAAACAUGGCACCAGGUGGCCCCGAUGCACUCCAGACGUUGCUAUGUCAGCGUGACAGUCCUCAGCAAUUUCAUUUAUGCCAUGGGAGGAUUUGAUGGCUACGUGCGUCUCAACACUGCUGAACGUUAUGAGCCAGAGACCAACCAAUGGACACUCAUUGCCCCCAUGCAUGAACAGAGGAGUGAUGCCAGCGCCACAACACUCUAUGGGAAGGUCUACAUAUGUGGUGGGUUUAAUGGAAAUGAAUGCCUGUUUACAGCAGAAGUGUACAACACGGAAAGUAACCAGUGGACAGUUAUAGCACCCAUGAGAAGCAGGAGGAGUGGAAUAGGUGUAAUUGCUUAUGGAGAACACGUAUACGCAGUAGGCGGCUUUGACGGAGCUAACCGACUUAGGAGUGCAGAAGCCUACAGCCCAGUGGCUAAUACUUGGCGCACGAUCCCCACUAUGUUUAAUCCUCGUAGCAAUUUUGGCAUCGAGGUGGUAGACGAUCUCUUGUUUGUGGUGGGGGGCUUUAAUGGCUUUACCACCACCUUUAAUGUUGAGUGCUAUGAUGAAAAGACCGAUGAGUGGUAUGAUGCUCAUGACAUGAGCAUAUACCGCAGUGCUCUUAGCUGCUGUGUGGUACCAGGGCUGGCCAAUGUUGGGGAAUACGCAGCUAGACGGGACAACUUCACAGGAUUAGCACUGCGAGAUGAAGUAAAAUACUCCGCUUCGACAAGCACCCUACCUGUAUGAGCCUCUUCAUUUAGCUAAUAAUAAAAGGUCUAAGCAAUAAGAAUUAAUUCUUUUUUUAAAUAAAUGCAGUGUUUAAACUUGUAAGAGUACUGGAAAAUGUUCAACUUAAGGGAGCCAAGGGUUGGAUUAAUGAGUAAG